AUGGCGGUGACUCUGAUGAGCGGCGGAAGGACUGACGACACGUGGCAGUAUGUCCUGCUGCCAGCUGGCACACGCGACGAUGGAUCCCAACACAAGAUCGAAUCAGGGGUCCUCGCUGAAAGUACCAGCGGUGGAAUCCCUGCAGUCAAAUUGACGGCUCUGGGCGGUGCUGGUGCAGGUGAAUCGACGGCUCUCAGUGAGCUUGCUGAUCUCAUGGCGAGGCGAGUCCGCGGGGACGCAGGAGCGAGCGUCACUCAAGGCAAUUCAGGGAAGCAAGAAGCAGCAUCAGCCAUUCCUCCUAGGCACCAUGGUGGCACUGCUGCCGGUAGCAGCAGCAGCAGCAGCGGCGGUACCACCAGUGACGCAACGCUGGCCUGGGUCGAGCUCUCCCUCCUCAACCACCUCGCUUGCCUUGCCACCACUCAACACGCCCUCUCCCUGCUCAACACCCGCAACAACCCACCCCCUCACGCCGCAAACGACCCACGCAUACAGCAUACCUCACAGAAACCUGUCAGCACUGACAGGAGCUCAGACCCGUGGCAACGCAGCUCCCUCCGCAUGUACGCAGCAGAGGCUCUUUGUCUUCUGGGCCGGCCUGCCGACGCCCUGAGCCUUCUCUCUGAGUGCCUUGUCGAGUUCCUGGAAGCUUCCCCUCCCGCAGCUGGCACUGGUUCGGCUGGAGGUGCAGCAGCAGCAGGAGGAGCCGCAGGAGCAGCAGCAGCAGGCAGAGGGGGGAAAUGGAGGGAGUGGAGGGAGAGUGUGUAUGUGAAUUUGGCUGCUCUACACGCCAUGAAGGGCGAUCUUGCAGAGGCUCGGGUAUGCGCCGACAAGGCAGGGGGAGGAGGGGCAGGUGGAGGAGGGAUGGCUGGGGGUGAGGAAGGCAUGUGUGCUGGUGGCAUGGCUUUAGUGGUGCAGGCUUAUUUAGAGCUUAGAGAAGCCCUUGAGGCUCAUGGGGAUGAAAAGGCUGAUCAGUGUGAUCGGGGGGUGAAUGCUGGGCGGUGGGAGGAGAGGUGUGACACGGCUCUGCGUCUACUGCAGCGAUCCAACAUGGUGUGGUUUAGAAUGUGCAAUGGUAACAGCAUGGGAGCCUGA